GCCGCUGUGUGAUCCAUCCUGAUGGUGAACGAUGGCGUCCGUGUUGCAGCUCACGUCGACGGAGAACGUACAGAAUCAUUACUUUUAAUCUCAUUUUGCAGUGUUCGACCUGCUGAAUCCAGCACAGUGUCAUGUUGGCCAGGAAGGGCCUCCUGCCAGACGGUUUCCUGUUGACCCGUCUGGCAGAAGACCAGAACCAACCGAACCGCAGCCGCUCCAGAAUUCAGAGGUCCCGGUUCAUCACCAAGACGGGAUCCUGCAAUGUGGCUCACAAGAACAUCAGGGAGCAGGGUCGCUUCCUCCAGGACGUCUUCACCACCAUGGUGGACCUGAAGUGGCAGCACUCCCUCCUCAUCUUCACCUCGGCCUUCCUCUGCUCCUGGAUGCUCUUCGCUAUGGUCUGGUGGCUCCUCGCUUUUGCUCAUGGAGACUUGGAGCCCCGUGACCCUGAGGGCGAGCCGGGCCCCAUCCCCUGCGUCACCGCCAUCCACUCCUUCACCUCAGCCUUCCUCUUCUCCAUCGAGGUCCAGGUGACCAUCGGUUUCGGUGGCAGGAUGGUUACGGAGGAGUGUCCCGUCGCCAUCAUGGUUCUCAUCAUCCAGAACAUUUUGGGACUGAUCAUCAACGCGGUGAUGCUCGGCUGCGUGUUCAUGAAGACGGCGCAGGCCAACCGACGAGCAGAGACGCUCAUCUUCUCCAGAAAUGCCGUCAUUGCUCCUCGAAAUGGGAGGCCCACCUUCAUGUUCAGAGUGGGAGACCUGAGGAAGAGCAUGAUUAUCUCAGCCACCGUGCAGCUGCAGGUGAUCCGGCGGACUGUGACAGCAGAGGGGGAGGUGAUUCCAGUCUGCCAGCUGGACAUCCAGGUGGAGAACCCUCUGAGGAGUAAUGGCAUCUUCCUGGUGUCUCCUCUGAUCAUCAGCCACACAAUGGAGCGAGGAAGUCCGCUGUAUGAGAUGUCUUCCCAGUCGCUAGCCUCCGAGGAUCUGGAGAUCAUCGUCAUCCUGGAAGGUGUGGUGGAGACGACAGGGAUCAGCAUGCAAGCUCGCACCUCCUAUGUCCCUGAGGAGAUUCUGUGGGGGAGACGCUUUGUCUCCAUUAUUACUGAAGAGGAUGGCAGGUACUGCGUAGACUACUCCAAGUUUGGAAACACAGUCCCAGUCCGGAUGUCAUGCCUCAGUGCCAAAGAGCUGGACCAGACCAGAGGAGUCCAGGCGGGCGGGACAGAGGCCCAGCUGCAGGGGUGGGGGCUGGUCCGAGCCGGCAGAGGAGGCUUCCGCAGAGGAGGCCGGGCCUGCGAUAGUGCCCCGCCUCAGCCAUGGUACGCCCAAUCAGAGAAGCCAGAGAAGGAAGCGGAGCAGAAAGGGCAGAAGAAGACAGUGAAGUUGGAGGUGAUUGGACGGAAGACUGAGGAGGACGGACUCGAAGACUUGAGUGAAUGAACAGAUCCAAGCAGCUUCUGAGUCUGUGGCGAGCACACUCAAGCACACUACUGACUCACACUCAUGCUGGUGCUCAUAGACACUCUCUCCCACAAAGCAACACUGGAGACAAAAUGGUGGAAAGUUAAGCGUGAAAACAAAAGAAAACCUCACUGGAGUGGCACUGAAUGUCUCUUUGGAAAGUUUAGGUGGAAAUUUGGUACAUUUGUGUCACAAAUUAAUUGCAAGGUUAUGCCAUUCAAACUGUUGGGUGAACAACUUCAAAGAUACACAAAAAGACUAAAAAGAGACUGGAAAUGACAGUAAAACCACAAAACAAACUAUUUUUUAUGUAACAGAUACAAGUACAUAGAAAUUAUUAGUACAUAGCAGGGAUCACCAACUCCGGACAUCUUGAGCCAGUAUCCUGCAGGUUUUCAUCUCCGUGCUGCAGCACACCUGACUCAAAUACUGGGUCGUUAGGAGGCUGGUGCAGACAACAAACUGUUGGAGAACUUUUUCAUUUAAACCAGAUGUGUUGCAGCAGGGACACAGUGAAAACCUACAGGACAAUUGCUCAAGAGGUCUGGAGUUGGUGUAUAGUGUAAUAUAUUCACUGAACAACUCAUUGCAUCUAGAAAAUGUAAACAAAUUAAAAUUUUAAUGUACAACACACAAAAAAAAAGUUUUUAC